GGCGAACGUUUCAAACUGUGUCUGGUUCUGUCCCUUUACAGCCGCUGCCCGUCGGCGCUGCCUCUGCCCAGUCCAUGCACACCUGCUGCCUGCUGUGCCACCGCGAGCGCAAGGAAUGGGGCACGAGCCCUGCCAACGGGCUGCCUGGCUCCGGAGUGGUGCCAGCGCUCUCGCAGGCCCUCCUGGGAGAGGAGCAGGCAGGCAGGACGGUGCCGGAUGCCAUGCCGUCGCUGUCUCAGAGCCUGCUGGGAGAGGUGCCCCUGUGGAUCUGCCAGAGCUGCCGGAAGAGCGUGGAGGAUGAGGAGAGAAGGGCAGCGCAGGAGCAGGCUCUCGCAGUGUCCCUUUCGCACUCCUCCUGUAAGACGCAGAGCUGUGGGAACGGAUAUCCGGAUCACGGCAGCUCUGUGGACUGGGACCCCAGCUCCUUCCUGUCUGCCCACAAGCUCUCGGGGCUGUGGAACUCGGCACACACAAAUGGGGGAGCGCACUGUAACCACACGGCUGCCGCGCACACACAGCAGGGCGGUACGGCGGGACCAGCCUGCCAUGAAAAAAGACCUUCUCACGAGGCUCCUGGCAAAGCCGCAAAGCCUGCUGGGACCAAGGUGUGUCCUUACAGUCACCCAGCAUCCCAGAAUUCCAGUGGGGCGGCUCCCAGCUCUCCCCUCUCUACCUCCUCUGAUCUGUGCAAGACCACCCCCAAGCACUUCAAGACCAUGUGCCGGAGACCCACGCCUCCAGGCGAAGCCUUCCACUCAUCAGAGCACCAUCAGCACUCGGACCUAGCAGUGCCGCCCAACAGUCCCACGGGGCUCUCUUCCCAGCAUUCCUCUCUGCUGCCGCCCAGACAAGCGCCCAGCCAGCAUGUGCAUGCGACCUCGCCUGGCUCGGGGUCAGCCAUGCAUGCUCCUUUCUCCCCUCUGGUACCAAACCUUCACGUGCCAGUAUCCAAGAUAGCGGCUGGGCCGGACAGUCCCGUCUCUUUACACAAGCCCGGGGCGUGCAAGAACGCUCACGUUCCACCGGCCAACACGCCGCACACCAAAAUGGCAGCACCCCCUACUGGAUGCAGUCAUCCCUGCAGUGGGCACUGCAAUGGGACCGGCGCAUCUCCUAGCGUGGCACAUUUACCCUCCGGAGGCUGCAGGGACCAGGCAUGCAAAGGGCACAAGCAGGUGAACGGGAUGGCCUGCCACCCGCCCUGUGAGCUGGAGGAGGGGCUGUGCGAGGACGAGGACAGCAGCUCCGAGAGAAGCUCCUGUGCUUCGUCCUCCACCAAUCAGAAGGACGGGAAGUACUGCGACUGCUGCUACUGCGAGUUCUUUGGACACAACGCGCCCCCUGCCGCCCCAACGAGCCGGAACUACGCAGAGAUCCGAGAGAAGCUGCGCUCACGGCUGACCCGGCGCAAAGAGGAGGUGCCACAGCAGCCGGACUCGGACCCGGCCGAGCCCAGUGCCAUCGACCACCGCGAUGUCAACGAGCUACUGGACUUCAUCAACAGCAACGAGCCCAAACCCGUCAACAGCGCCAAGGCUGCCAAGCGUGCCCGCCACAAACAGAAGAAGAAGGAGAUGGAGAAGGUUCAGCAGUGCAGCGUGGAGCCCCCGAGGCCUGACCUGUGCUCCUCUCCCCCAGGGCAGCAGGCAGUGGGGGCUGUGACGGGGGAGAGCGGCCGGCUGCUGGAGUGGCCUCAGCUGGAGCUGGAGCGGGUGAACAGCUUCCUGACGAGCCGGCUGGAGGAGAUCAAGAACACCAUCAAGGACUCGAUCCGUGCCUCCUUCAGCAUGUACGACCUCAAUCUGGACGUCAACGACUUCCCCAAGAAAGCUGCCACCCUGGAGAGCAACCGCCUGCUGUCGCACCUCAACGGCACCUCCGAGCUGCAGCAGAUUGACUUGGACCUGUCCCCGCUGACCCUGGGCAGUCUGAAGAACCACCUGGUGAACGGCAGGGAGGAGCUGGGCUCAGCGGACAGCCCCGCGGCCAGUGAUGUCCGACGGCUCAACGCCACGCCCAGCCUCUCUAAACUGAUCCGGGUGCGCUCGCCGGAGAGGAAUGGGAGUGCCAACACCGGCACCUCCCCAGCACCACCACCACCGGGCACCACCACCGCCACCAAGGAGGAAUGCCCAGACCCCAAAGAUACAGCAGCUGCAGGAGCUGGCAAUGGCAAGCAGAGGAAAGGCAAGAAGCAGCAGCAACAGCAGCAGCAGCAGUCCAAGACCCCGAAGCCUGAACCCCAGAAAACAAAGGAGACGCAAGCCAGGGUAUCGGGGUCCGGAAGUAGCUCCAAAGCGGCCUCAAAACAAUCGGCCCAAGCCCUGCCCAUGGUGGUGGAGCCCCACAAGGGCCAAGCGGUCCAAGGCAGGAGGCCUGAAGAAAGCAAGGGGAACCGGCAAGGGCAGAACGGGGCCUUUGAUGCGGGCGGCUGCAGGCAGCUAGAGAGGAACAAUGGAGGGCCCCAGGAUAUGAAAAAUGGCCCCAGAGUGGAGCUUGAGCCCGAGACAAGGGCCCACACCCCUGCAUCAACAGGCUCCCAGCAGCCCAAGGGAAAGAGCAAAAAGAACAAAAACAAGGCGGACAAGUCCAGCACUUCUGUCGAUGAUGUGUUUCUCCCCAAAGAUCUGGAUGGGACUGAAAUGGAUGAAAUUGACCGGGAGGUGGAAUACUUCAAGAGGUUUUGCCUGGAUUCUGCCAAACAAACGCGACAGAAAGUGGCGGUGAACUGGUCCAACUUCAGCCUGAAGAAGGUUCAUUCAAAUGCAGCUCAGUGAGGUGGAGGUUUCGUGAGCAGAGAGCGCCCAGUAUUCACACCCUCCACAAUAUCCCAACACGACAGUCUGAUUGAAGACAGAUCUGCCGCCGGCACUUACUGCACAGUGGACAAGAGCAGCUCCAGCCCGCAUCCUCCUCCUCCUCCUCCUCCUCCUCCUCCUACACAAACAUGCAACACAGCUGCUUCAGCUCCUAAUGACUUGAGUUACCCCACUACCCCGUAACCCCAGGGUUUUAUCAAUUCGUAUUCAGACUUUGAGCAACACUUCCUGUCAGUGCAGCCUGCCCCGGGGUCAGGACUGGAUUAACUGACCUACACUAGAUACCUGCUUCUACUAUUGUAUUGUCCUUCCUGUCUAGGAGUUUGCAGCACAGGGAUGCAGGGUCCUAGUGCACUAGGUGUAGUGUAGCAGGGUCUCGUUUUAAAGCAAAUGCAAAGGCACGUUUCCAGAGAGGCAUGAAAUCCUUUUCCUAGUAUCCACCUGACAUGAAACCGCGCCUCUGCAAGUUGUUUCUUGUUUGCUUUUAUGCCUUUGCAAAUGUUUUAUUCCUUUCAGAAAGCGUGUCGUGCACUUUCUGCAAAAAAAAGAGCCUGUACUGUGUUUUUUUUAUUUUAUUUUAUUAAACAUUUUUUGUUGUUUUUAUUUCAUUUAAAAAAACAAACUAAAAAAAAACCAUUUUUUUUUCUUGGCCGUGUCGGCACUUUUUCCAAGUGGAGAGCAGACUGUUCUGGUUCUAAUUCAGCAUUCAGGCUGGGAAAAUAAUUCAUAUCCAUGGUUAUUAAAAAGAAAAAAAAUUAUUCUUCUUGAAAAGGCAGUAAGAUAUAAGAUCAACGAAAAAGGGUGAAUAUCAUUUCCCCAGGGAUAGUUUAAAGCUACUUGUCGCAGUCCAUUCAGCUGUGAUUGGAAGAAAACAGAAACUGCCACCCUUUCCUCACCUGUAACCAUAUAUUCGUGUUGCUGGUAUUGUCUAUUAAAGAUUUGUCUCUAAAAGCCAGCGCCAUCUGCUGGUUACAUUGAGGUACUCCAAACCAUUGCUGAGCUAGACAGAACAAAGUUUAAGGAUCUCCGUAAUUAGAAACUUUUAACAACGACAUCAAAUAUCAGUGUAAACUGCUGUUUGUGCCAGACUGUUAGUGACACACAAUCAAGUUUCUAUUCUAAUAUAGUUUGUGCGAUGGACACGCACAACAAAAGCAAUCUCACUUCCUUGUGCAGCCUUUAAAUACAUGGCAAAUACAUUAAUUAAAUUAAAAGCGUAUCGAUUUAAAUAAUAAUAAAACAAAAAUACAUUUAAAUAAUUGCGGAACUAAAAGCAUAGAAUAAUUUUUAUUCUAAACAAUUUUAGAAUUGAGAAUUUUUUUUUUUUUUCCUGAUAUGAUUCGUGGAAUUGAAGCGUUUAAUAUGCAUUGUUGCUGCACAGCCCCCUCAAUUACAGUGUUCUGGGCUCUUAUCUGAGUGUGCUGUACAACCCUGUAAUCAUCGUCGUCUUUCAUUUUUGUACUUCAGUACAGUGAUGCAACUAACCGUUUCUAAUGCAACCCACAGUAGCCUCAAGAACUGCUUUGUAUGAAGCUUCAAUGCACUUGCUGUGCUGUGUCCUCCCUUAAAGGAGCUGCCCUGUACCACUGCAGUGUCCAGCCCUGCUUUCUAGCACAGCUGUGUAGAUUUAGCACUGACAAUGCUCUCCUAUUACUGUACUGCUUUCAUCAAAUGUUUCUUAGUGGGGGACCCAGUCCCUGAAAUGUUAUGUGGGGUAACAAGACUGUCACAGAUGUGCUGCUGCUGCUGCAGCCGCUGCUCCUUUCUCUGUUGUAGCUGGGUGCCCCUCUGGGACACUGGGUAGGUUAUAUGGGGUAUUUCACAAAUGCUUUCUGAUUCUGACAUGAAUGAGAUGAUGUAAUUUUUUUUUUUUUUUUUGUGUUUCAUAUUUUACAAGAUCUCUGGUGCUGUCCAGGUUAUAUUAAACUACGAGACAAUAUCUUAAAGUUUGGAAUGUAGGUUUAUACUGUACCAUUAAGGGCCAAGUGUAUGUUGGCUUCUCCUGGUUUUUUAUUAUUAUUAUUCACUUUUGAUACUGUGAAAGAAUCUUUCAUUCCGAAAGAUUUUAAAAAUACAGUUUUGACUAAAGAAAAA